CCGAGCAAAAUCUAUAAGUCGUUUUUUAAUCUUUUUCGCAUUUGGUAUCAACGUAUACUUUACAAGUUUUAAUAAACACGGUCCAUGCCCAACAAUUAUCGCUGCUGAUCGCGCUCAUCAUGUCUGGCUGGCAGCCCGUCAAACGCUCCCAGUCCAACACCAACUCCUCACCCUUCAACGGCCAGCUCUUCAACGCGCGCCACCCCGUUCCCCCAACAUCCGCCGAUCCAUCCGCAUCCCCCAGCCACGCCCCUCUUCCGCGGCGUGUGAGGGUGUGGGGCGACCGAGCACCAUCGCCCCUCGUGCCCCCAUACACCCCAAAACCCCGUCCAGUUCCUCCUUGGUCAACGGCCAGAUCUUCAAUCCGCAUCCCCACCUUCCCCCAGCGUCCGACGGAUCCUCCGCAUCAUCCGACGAUGGCCCGGUUCCGCGGCGGGUGCGGGUGUGGGGCGCCCGGCCCCCGUCGCCCCCCGGGGACCCCGACGUUGUGCACAUUGCGGACCACUACAUCCUGCCCAUGAUGGAGGACCUGGAGGAUGAUCUGUCGGCGCGAAAGGUGUUGCCGCGGGUGGGUAACGUGCUUCGCGGGGGACGGGGGAAAGCACCGAAAUCCGUGGUGGAGCCGGAGGUGGUGGUGGCGCCCAAGUGGAGCCAGAUGAUGCAGGGGGUGCAGGUGCAGUUCCCCCAUAAACCCUAUGGAUCGCAGAUUGGCCUGAUGGACAAGGUACUUCGAUGCUUGAAAAACAAGGAGAAUGGACUUCUGGAGAGCCCCACGGGAAGUGGAAAGAGUUUAGCGCUUCUGUGUUCCAGUCAAGCGUAUCAGAUGCACUUAAUUGCUAAAGCAGCGGAAGCGCGACAGAAACAGAACGCAAUGAUAGCCGAGCAGUUGGCCCAACUGGAAGCCGGGGUGUCUACUACCAAACCGGGAGGAAAUCAAGAAAAUCAGUCGACAUCUUUCAACGCAGCGUUUUUUUCUGGAUCGGGAUGUUCGGCAAACUCCCGUUGGGGUGCUUCUCCCAUGAAAACUCAGACAUCGGUCAACGGAAACGGAGCUGGUUGCAGCGGCAACCAGCCGUGUUGCGCCGGCGAUGGAAGCCUGGCCGAUGCUGGUUGGGCCGCGAUGGAUGUGGAUAUGGACACUAAACUGCAAAUGCUGGAAGGCAUGAGCGCCGCUGCUGCUUCCACUGCUACACCGGAAGUCAGUAUUCCGAAGAUUUACUUUUGCACGCGGACGCACAAGCAGAUCGCGCAGCUAAUACGGGAACUGCGUAAGACGACUUACAAAAACUGCCGGAUGACGAUUCUGGGAAGUCGCGAGCAGUACUGCAUCCACGAGUAUGUCUCGAAACAUGGGAAUAAAAAUGAGAACUGUUCGCGACUGCUGGAGAACGCCCAGAAGCAUCCCUUUCAGGAAGCCAUGGAUAUGUCGACGGAUGCGGACGAUCCGUUGGAUGGCCAGACUUGUGAUUAUUUCGGAAAGGGCCGAGCGGUGUCGCAUGGUCAGUUGCAGAAUUACGAUUUGAAAACGGCCUUCGAUAUUGAAGAUCUGGUCAAAUCUGGAAAGAAACACCGUUUUUGCCCGUAUUUCGCCUCGCGUGAGCUGCGCGACGGCGCCCAGCUGAUCUUUACCCCGUACAACUACCUCGUGGACGCCAAGAUCCGGGCCACCAUGCAGAUCAGCCUGGACAACGCCAUCGUCAUCUUCGACGAGGGCCACAACAUGGAGGAUGCCGCUCGCGAAGCGGCCUCCUACAUUCUGCAACUGGACAACCUGAAGAUGGCCAUCCAGGACCUGCAGUUCACGGCGCGCGAGUUGAGCGACCAGGCGGCCAAGUACUCCAUGGACAGCGGGGAGCAUAUCAGUCCGGCGGCGUUAUACGAGAUUGUCAUGGAUCUGCUGCGGGUGCUGCAGCCGUUGGAGGGGUGGGUGGAGGAAGCCGCGGACAAUCUGGAGGUGGGCAUUAACAGCGCGGCCAAUCGGGUCAUCACGGGACGGGAUAUGAUCGCCAUCGCCACCCGACUGCACCUCGGGCCGAAAGAAUUCCCCGCCUUCAAGAAAAACGUGGAGGCGUUGUACAACGACAAAAACGCCACGGAAGAAGAACAAUCCGAGUACGGGCGCAUCUACGCCGGUGAUGCCGGCGAUGGUCCGAGCGCCAAGAAGAAAGUCUCCUCCGCCGCGCUGCUCCUCGUCGGCAGCCUCUCCGUCGUCCUGGACUACCUGUACCGCAACGACUGCCAGCACGCCGCCGACUACAACAUCGUCGUCGUCAAGGAGCCCAUCUCCUUCCGCAGCGAUAUGGAAUACUUCCGUCAGCGCAAACACCGCCGCGGCACUGCCAUACCGCAGUGGAAUAUUACCUUAAAUUUCUGGUGUCUCAAUCCGGCGGUGGCCUUCGGGGACUUCAAGGUGUGCCACGCGGUGGUGUUGACAUCGGGGACGCUGUCGCCUAUGGCGUCGUUCCAGUCGGAGUUGGGGCUCGAGUUUCAGGUGAAGUUCGAGGCGCCGCACGUUAUUGAGGAUGGACAGGUGUGGGCGGGGGUCAUUGGACAGGGGCCGGCGCGGACGACGUUGUGCGGGACGUAUAAGAACGUGCAGACGCUGGCGUAUCAGGAUGAUCUGGGCAAUGCCGUGCUGCAGGUGUGCCAGGCGGUCCCUAAGGGGGUGCUGUGCUUUUUCACGUCGUAUAAGGCCAUGGACACGAUGAUCACUCGAUGGAAGUUAAAUGGAAUCUACGAGGCACUGGAGGAGAAGAAAGUCGUGCUGCAAGAACCGCAGCGCGCGGAUAAGAACGUCUUCGCCGCCAUCCUGGAGACAUUUUAUCAAGCGAUCCGCGGCACCGGCUUGCAUGAGGGUCAGGAUGGGGCGCUAAUGUUCGGCGUUUACCGCGGGAAGAUCAGUGAGGGAUUGGAUUUUGCCGAUGAUAAUGCCCGCGCCGUGAUUGCCGUGGGCAUACCCUAUCCGUAUUUUCAGGACACACAGGUGAAAAUGAAACGCCAGUAUAAUGAUGCGCGGAGAAAUUUGGGAUUGUUAUCCGGUGAUGAAUGGUACGAUAUUCAAGCCUUCCGAGCCAUUAACCAAGCCUUGGGACGAUGUCUUCGUCAUAAACAUGACUGGGGCGCAUUAAUCCUGUUGGAGCAGCGCUUCAUGAACCCAAAAUUCGUCGAUGGUUUGUCCAAAUGGGUGCGACAGCGGAUUAAAAGAAACUUCCGCGAUUUCGCCGAUCCCAUGAACAGUCUGCGGGCGUUUGUGGCGCACCGCCUGGCCAUGCAGCCCGUCGCGCCACCACUGGAAGAGCGCCCGUUGCAGGAGAUGUUGGAUGAGCAGAUUCUGACGGAUGACGAAGAUUCACCAUUAAAACUUAAGCCGGGACCCUCCACCAUCUCCCGACAAUUGUCCGCGCCGCCGUUUGUCACGAAAUCGUCAGCGCCGUCCCCGCCGACGGGGGAGCGGCAGUUUAAUGUGCGGAAAAAGAAGCGCGGGAUCUAUUAACGGGAAUUGUUGGGAUUGUUACUUGUUGUAUCUCAAGUGGCCGCCGCCCGAUGGAGUAUUGCGUUGCUCAUUUUUCUAAUCUCUGUUUUUCUUCCGAAUUUUUGUGAUUAAGCUCUUUGAAUUUGUUUUUUCUUUCUUUGAUAAUAACUUUUUUAGAAAUAUAUGCCUUACUAAUAUUCUGUGCAUGAAGAUGGAAAGAAUUAUGCAAACAUUAUGAAAAUAUUUGUAAUAAACACUAACACACUAA